AUGUAGGAAUUUAAGCUGUGUUUUUCAGUUUUCCAUCUCUGAACCAACAGGUUCUCGAUAACCAUGCAUGCUCCACUCACAUAAGGGAUUAUUUAUAAUUUAUGUCUCAAAAAUUAAUUUCUUAGGGUUAAAUUAAAACAUUGAUUGGUGACCAAUAAAAAGUGAAAAAACAAAGUUAUGGGAAGAACAUGGGGUACUGCAUGGGGGGAGGGCUUAUCUGCAAACUCCACCACCACCACCACCACCACCAAUACCUAUAUGUACAUUGGUCGGUUUCCUCCUUCAAAACUCCAUUAAAAUAAUUUAAAGUUGCUCAUGUUUUUCUUUAAUACUUUUUUUCCCACUAUCUGUUUUAUAUAAUACACUGCUCUCUCUCUCUAUAUAUAGAUUCAUUCAGCCUUUCAGAUCCACCAUGCAAACAAGUUGCUCUAGAGUUCUUGAAGUAACUAUAAAAUUUGAGCUUUUUUUUUUUUGGGGGGGGGGGGUCUAAACUUUUUGGUUUAAAAAUGGAGUAUUCUUGUGUGUCUCUACUUAUAUUUUGGAUGUCUUUGCUUUGCUUCUUGAUUUCAACCCAAGGUAGAUGGCAUCAUCAUCAUCACCAUACCAAACACAAGCAUCAUUCUCACCAUGAUAAAAUGCCUGAAAUUUCAGCACCCCAUGAGCCUUCCAUUGCACUUGCACCCGAGCCCUCCGGCCCACCUGACGACGAAAACUCCGGUGUUUCUACUGAAGUGUUCGACGUAAGGAAAUUCGGGGCGAUAGGCAACGGUGUAACCGACGACACAAAUGCAUUCAAGAUGGCAUGGGACACUGCUUGUCAAGUUAAUUCAUCAUCAACCAUCUAUGUUCCCAAUGGUUUUUCAUUCAUGAUUCAGUCCACAAUUUUUACAGGUCCUUGUCAAGGUGGAUUAGUGUUUCAGAUUGAUGGUACACUGAUGCCACCUGAUGGACCCGAGGAAUGGCCAAAGAAUAACAGCAAGCGACAGUGGUUGGUCUUUUACAGAGUUAAUCAAAUGUCUCUUCAAGGUGGUGGUGCCAUUGAUGGUAGAGGUCAAAAAUGGUGGGAUCUCCCUUGCAAGCCCCACAAGGGAAUAAAUGGAACAACUUUGCCUGGACCUUGUGAUAGCCCCGUCGCAAUAAGGUUUUUCAUGAGCUCGAAUUUGACAGUCCAAGGACUUAAAGUUAAGGAUAGUCCCCAAUUCCAUUUCAGAUUCGAUGGUUGCCAAAAUGUGCAUGUUGAAUUACUUCAUAUUACAGCUCCAGCCCUUAGUCCCAACACUGAUGGCAUCCACAUUGCCAACACAAAUGGUGUUCAAAUAUAUAAUUCAGUUAUCUCUAAUGGUGAUGAUUGCGUAUCGAUUGGAUCGGGAUGUUACAAUGUCGAUAUUCGGAACCUUACUUGUGGACCAGGUCAUGGAAUCAGUAUCGGAAGUUUAGGUAACCACAACUCUAAAGCCUGUGUACACAAUGUCACGGUUCGAGACUCGGUGAUUAAGGUAUCGGAUAAUGGCGUUAGGAUCAAGACAUGGCAAGGUGGGUCCGGGGCGGUUUCGGGUAUAAUGUUUGGCAACAUUCAUAUGAUAAGUGUUAGGAAUCCGAUUAUAAUCGAUCAAUUCUAUUGCCUUACUAAAGAUUGCUUGAACCAAACGUCCGCCGUUUAUGUGUCGGACAUACUCUAUGAAGGGAUCAAAGGGACGUACGAUACCCGAAGCCCACCGAUGCAUUUUGGGUGCAGUGAUUCGGUUCCUUGUACGAAUAUUACGUUGUCGGAUAUCGAGCUACUUCCAGCUCAAGGAGAUAUAGUAUUGGACCCAUUUUGUUGGAAUGCUUAUGGGGAGUUGGAAACACUAACGAUACCACCUGUUUAUUGCUUGCGAGAGGGUGUUCCUCGAUCUAUUUUGGAUAAUAAGGAUAUGGAUCAUUGCUGAUGAUUUAGAAACCCUUCAUUUUAAUGUAUAUUAGCUUCAUUACAUACAUGUAUUAUAUAUAUGUUAAUAUAAUUAAAAGAGAUGUUAUGGAUUGUGUUUCUAAUUAAUAAUUUUAUGAU